ACCUUUUGGUGUGCACUCCAGAGCGCUCUCCAGAAAGGAUACAUGGCCAGAAAGGAUACAUGGCCAGCAAGGUAAAACGCAAUGACUCCAGACGCACGCACUCAAAGCUUUAAGCAGCUGUGAGCCGCGGUUCACCACAACGCACUCUAGCUCACCAACUUCGUGUGAGCGAGGGGAGGUGGGUACAAAUGAGAGGGGGAGGGUAGGGAGAGGGGGACUGUGUGGAGGGACGAUCGUAGCGGAAUGAUGCGGAAACCAUAACAGAGAAUCACAGAGACCCAUGGGCGGGCAUUCUCGUACUUGCUGGAAACGAGAUUCCAGUCCAGAGAACUUUUUACUAUAGCAAGGAUGUGAUUUGUUGAGGAUAAUGUUUGUAUCCACCAAGCCAGGAUUAUGAAACAAUGUGAUCUGGAUUACGUAAAACAUUUUCUGAAAGUGGUUUGUUUGCAGAUUGGUGAAUUUUUAUGUCUUUUUUAUUGACUUCGGGAGAUGAACUACCCAUUGACUAAAGUACUUCCGCAAUCGCUCCAACUGACCCCAAAAUCUUUCAGUUGCCCCCGGGACAGGAAUGCCCUUGAGUGACCAAGACCAAAGCCGAACCCAUUUUCUCGAAAGCAAGUACACAUUCCCGAGAGUGAAAUAAAAUUCAGAUCUUGCUAAUAGUAGAGGACAAUGCAGGUCGAUAGUUACUUUAGAGAUGUCAAGUCUGAUUUUAAUUCACGCCUCACAUCAAGUGGACUUUGGGGUUCUAUUGAGACUGGACUUACAUGUAGCAUUGGCUGCCACUGGACAUGAUUCUUUUCUCUGGUCUUCUCCGAUUUUAACUUGAAGAAGAAAUCGAUUCAGACCUGUAUAAUGUCCUGUUAAUGCAUGAUGAGGUUACAUUGAGGUUGGAGCUACCUGUAACAUUGCCUUCCUCCUUACGAUUCAGAUACUUUUAUAGUAUUCGGUUAGAAUGAGAAAUGUUCUUCCUCGUCAUUUGGUGUCUUUUCUUUCCCCUGCGAUCUGGAUUACAAGCCUGAAGAACAUUUUUUUUUGGAACAAAUGCACGUAAAGAAGAUUUAUUUUUUUAAAAUCCCACAGUACGGAAAGAUGUGAUACUUGCGCAACAACCACUACAUUAAAUAAAGUUACGAUAUAUAAACAAAAUGAAGUUCAAAUGGAUUAACUACACAAGCGGAUGUUUACCGAUCACGCUCAGAAUGUGUACUUGUAUGGGGCAAAGCACAGUAUAAAUGCAAUCUGUUCUGGCAAAAAUGACUGGAUAUGUGCAGUGAGUAGAAUUUAAUACAAGUUGUAGAACUGUGGCCGAGACAAUUACUAGAAUAACCAUCACCAAAGCAAAAUAACAGAAGUGGCAUUUUUAGCAGUGUUACUGCAAUCACAACUUAAAUCACAAUAUGUAAGACGACAACAUCAACAAUAAUAAAGCCACCAACAUCAAAAACAACAAAAACAACACAAAUACAACUACAGUAAAAGCAACAGCAACAACAACAACAACAACAACAGCAGCAACAACAACAACAACAGCAACAACAACAACAACAACAACAACACCACUAUCAACGACAAAGCCAACGACAUCAUCAUCGUCGCUGCAUCAUCGUCUCCACCACCACACCUAUCACAACAGAGCCAACAGCACCAAAAACGCCAACAACAGCACCAACAGCACUAAUAACAGCACCAACUGCGCCAAAAACACAAACAACAGCACGAACAGCACCAACACCAACAACAGCGCGAACAGCGUAGCAACAGCACCAACUGCGCCAACAGCAGGAACAACAGCACGAAUAACAGCACGGACAGCAGCACGAAUAGCACCCACACCAACAACAGCGUUUACAACAGCACCAACAGCGCAAGCAACAGCACCAACAGCCAUGACGCAGUCUUCAACUUGCCCGGCGGCCAGCAACAGCUCUGAAGUGAUCCGCCAUCUUGUAGCGACCAUCAUCUCCUCCUCCUCAGCACAAGACAUAGAGAGUGGCCUCAGCCUAGAGGUGCUUCAGAAGGUCUUAGGCUCUCGGAACUACACGCUCAACCCGUCUGAGUCUGCCUUCAUCGAGUGUGUGUUCCGACCACCAGACCUCGGUCCUAAGCGAGCCGACUUGCCCACAGUUGUGCCUCUCACCGUCAUCUACGCCAUCAUCUUCAUCACCGGCAUUAUCGGCAAUGUCUGCACAUGCUUCGUCAUCAUCAGAAACAAAUACAUGGGCACUGUGACCAACUAUUACCUGUUCAACCUGUCAGUCUCGGACCUACUCCUGCUUCUCCUGGGCCUCCCGCAGGAGAUUUAUUCCACCUGGUCAUCCUACCCGUAUGUGUUCGGAGAAGCCUUUUGUCGCUUCCGACUGCUGGCUUCAGAGGCGUCAAGUUAUGUGUCUAUACUCACCAUCACCGCCUUCACAGUAGAGAGAUAUAUGGCGAUUUGUCAUCCUAUCAAGUGCCCAACUCGUUUCCAGGUCUCCACCUUCAUUUUCUUCGUCCUCCCCAUGAGCGCCAUCAUUCUCCUUUACUUCUUCAUCGCCCUGGCCAUCAGACGCUCCACGCUGGUCAGGACAGGCUCCGACGGGUCGGCGGGAACGGACGGUGGUCAGCAGCAUCAUCACGUGACCCAUGACGUCAGACAUAGCGCUGUGAGCACGCGGCAGACGAGGGUGCGACAGUCUGUACUCAAGAUGUUGGCAUCAUGUCUCUCAAGUUCCGCCAAGCGUUCCGCGCCACACUACUCUGCUAUUGCUGUUGUUGGCCUCGCCUGCGACCGCCCCGCCGUGCCGCGCGAAACUCCUACACCUUCAAGUUCCAGCAGCGGAGUCCCUUCAACACACACUGCUCCGUGGUAGGCAGCAGCAGCAGCAGCACCACGAAGACCAACAACAACAGCAACAACAACCAACAGAACGGCAACCACCACCACCACCACAACAACAGCAACAACAGCUUUCAGUCGCCUGCGCUGUUGUGUUGUGGGGGCAGCGGGAACAAUACGACCGUUAUCUCAGCGUUGCAGACGGAAGGGAGACCACUCAUAGAAAUGGCGGUGGUAAAUAACAAACAAAGGGCGAAUAGCAGAGCGGGGAGCGAGGAAGAAAAUUCUCCCGAAGGAGGUCUGUCUUGAGCCCGGCUUAAUUAAGCUGUAACAAAGAAUCAAAACUAAAAGUAUGUGAUGAAGCGACUGCAGCACUUUAUGUUCUUGCACGUUCCUCGAAACCAAUACCCCUUCUCCCUUUUCUGGUGAUUCUGAGCGAGAUGGUUCACCGCAGAAGCCAGAGGGAUCCUCGACGUUGUAGCGUUUCAAACGAGGAUCCACAAAACUGAAGAAAGAGAAAAACAACCAACAACCUGAAUUUGAAAGUGAAAGUUGUUUUGACUGACCGUGUUUAGGUCAAAGCACGUGUAAAUAUUCUUAAAAGUGUCUUUUGGGCAUGAGGCUACACUGUCCACUGACCCUUUACCUUGACAAUCAAUGAUUUAUGUUUAGAGGCACCAGUCAACUGACACACAUGCAUGGAGAGAGAGUCCCCGGAUGUGAGUGCCAGUUAAAACGUUCUGAACUGGGGGCUAAAGUUUACCUUUACCUUUACCAGUAUGUGUGUGUUCUAUGCUGUUGGGAACAUAUUAAGUAUCAUCUCCUUAUAUUUGGCUAGAGGUGGUUUGCAUUAUUAAGGUUCACUUGAGGAGACGAAGAGAGAGAGAAAGAGAAAGAGAGACAGUCGAGAGAGAGAGAGAGAAAGAGGGAGAAAGAGAGAGAAAAAGAGGGAGAAAGAGAGAGAGAGA